ACAGUGUUACAUUUCUGAACUGUUCCCUAGGUUCCUUCAUUAAUAUAUCACAGAUGAUCGCCUGUGUGGGACAGCAAGCCAUCAGCGGCUCUCGAGUGCCAGAUGGCUUUGAAAACAGGUCUUUGCCUCACUUUGAAAAACACUCAAAGCUCCCAGCUGCCAAAGGCUUUGUGGCUAAUAGCUUUUACUCAGGUUUAACGCCCACCGAGUUUUUCUUCCACACAAUGGCUGGCCGGGAGGGUCUGGUUGACACAGCGGUAAAAACAGCUGAAACAGGAUACAUGCAGGUAACUUGAAGAAAUUUCAGCAUU